CUUGAAAAAGGGCAUACGCAAAUGGAAGUCGAUUCAAUUCACACUUGCAUUGAGAAAACGAUUCGGAACCGUAAAAUCAAUAUACCGGCCGAUUAUGUGCAUGCUUGUGUGACAUCUAGACAGAAUCCAAAGCGUUAUAAUGUAAGAUAUAUUACAUCAAACUUCCUGAAGGAAUUCGAUACGCUCAAUUACUACAAAUCUAUUCGACCUGGUAGAGAUACAAUGGUGAAAAUAUGUGCUUUAAAGUAUGACCCAUCCGGAAAGAUAUAUAAAUUAAGGCACACCGACUCCUGGGAACAACUAAAUCCGACAAUUAAGCUGUCCUCACCUAGACUAGAUUCUUUACACAACAUGUACCAAGAAAGAAGGAAGAUAAAGAAAGAAAAAUAUGAACAUCUCCAAAUUUUUAAGAAAACUUUACUUCAAGAUUACUAUACCUUCUACGACAAUCUUCCCUACGAAAAAAAAAUAACCUUUUCACCAUGUAAUAUGUUCUAA